GAAUCAUUACCAGAAAAUGCAUUUGUAGUCAUCGGAAGCUAAGGUGACCUACUCAACAUUUGAUCCUCGUUCGGUUACCGGAGAACACAUAUGGGAUUGCUUGAAAGAAUCUGGUUCGUUAUCUGGAGAACUUUGGAAGAGCGAUGAGCUUGGAAUCGCUGUAUGCUCUCGUUUUCAACUCAACAGUGGGGCAUCUUCCAACUGCACAUUCUGCCUAGCAUGGCUUAUGCCUCAAGUGACAUUUGGCUCAAGAUCCAAAAGUUAUAAGAGAUUUUACUCUCGGUACUUGGGUGAAGGUGAAGAAGCUAUCGACAGACUGGUAAUGAAAGCGCUCAAGGACGGAGAAUCUUGGCGAGCACAGAUUGAAAAGUGGCAGAACCCCAUAAUCAACGAUGAAUCACUACCAGAGUGGUAUAAAUCUGCCAUUUUUAAUGAGCUCUACUACAUCGUAGAUGGUUCAACUAUGUGGUUUGAAUAUGACCCGUCGUGGAAAAAGAGCGAAGGGAUCAGUCCAGUGACAGAAAAGCAACUGCAGCGGUUUGGACGUUUUGGUUAUAUGGAGUCCUGGGAGUACCUUAUGGUUAACACAUACGACGUUCACUUCUACGCUAGCUGGGCUCUUACGAAGAAUUGGCCAAAUUUGGAGUUAUCUGUCCAACUUGACUUUUGUAGGUUGUUUUGA